CCACUGAUGAUGAUUGGGAUCCAGCCUGUGGGGACGAGUUCCAGAGCGAGGAGACAGUGGGUGAAAAGGAUUCAGUGGGGUGUCCUCCUGGUGCUGAUGGUCCUCAUCUAUGGCUCUCAUGCACCACUCAUCACUCUCACCAAAGUAGACGGUCAAGUCCCUUUCAACCCCUCAUCGUGUGUCCUCAUGAUUGAGUUGGCUAAACUCUCUGUCUCUCUGGCGACUCUUGUUCUGACCGGGGGAACGGCUGCCUUGCGCGCUCCACCACCUUUAGUCCUUGUGGCCCCGUACGCAGUCCCUGCGAUACUCUACGCCCUCAACAAUAACCUGAUAGUCCUCAUGCAGGCCUACAUGGACCCAAGCUCAUAUCAAAUCCUCUCUAAUCUAAAAAUUGCCUCCACUGCCCUGCUGUACUCGGUCUGCCUGGGCAAGAGGUUGCGGGCUGCGCAGUGGUUCGCCCUGGGGCUCCUCAUGGGUGCAGGGGUGUGUCACAGUUACAGCAGCCUGGAAAUAGGGGACCUUGAGGGAGCUGAUGCUGAGGAAGGUCCAAGGCUUCAUGUCACAGCUUGGGGGAUUUUCCUUGUGCUGGUGUACUGCUUUGUGUCAGGGCUGGCAGCAGUUUACACAGAGAGGGUGCUGAAGAGCCAGAAGCUGCCCCUUAGCCUGCAGAAUCUCUACCUCUAUGUAUUUGGUGUGGCCAUCAACGGGCUUUCCUCACUCUCCUCUGUUGCGAGUGAAAAGAGCUUUCUGGAGGGAUACUCGGGAGCAGUGUGGGUCAUUAUCGCAGGGCAGGCAGCAAACGGACUGCUGAUGUCUGUGGUGCUCAAGCACGGCAGUGGGAUCACCAGGCUGUUUGUCAUUUCCUGCUCCAUGCUGGUCAAUGCUCUGUUGUCUUGGGCGACGUUAGGGCUGCGGCUCACUCCGCUUUUCCUCCUCCCUGUGUCUAUGAUUGGACUGGCAGCUUACCUUUAUUACAUAUAGAAGACGCCAAAUGAACCAGGAGGCCUGUUCAGCUCAAAAAGAACUCUCAUCACAGUCCUCUCAAACCUCUGUUUUCUGACUUAUUUGCUUUGUUUUUUUUUCCUGCCUUCUGUCUAUCUGCCUUCUGAAUCUUGGACUGAGCUGCAGUCAAGAAUCCAAUGCGUGAGAAUUUACAUCCUAUUUUAAAGUUUAAUUAGCAAGUAAAGAUCCUUAUAUCUUCAGUUUAACAUUUCUGAAGAGUGCUGCUAUUGCCAUGUUUUUCUCCAUCAUGUCACAUUGGCUGCAAAGAUUAUUGUUACAAAGAUAAUGUGUUACACUCUGUUGCUAUAACCAAUAAAUUUUCUGAAACGGU